AAAAAAAGUUCGGUUCAACUCGGCUCUACUCGGCACACGCGUCAUCACCCCGGAAGUGUGUGUUAACAGAUAUGCUGGCUCCCAGUUGAUAGUCGUAGCCUGGCAGAGCCAGCUGGAGGGGCUCUUCGGACUGCCCGAACCAGAACACUGUUAUCGCCGGAAGCUGCUGCUACAAAGGAAGCGGAGGCCAGUGAGCUGAUAGCGGACAGACAUGGAGCCCGGACGCGGGGGUGCAGGCAGCCCUGCUGCUACAGACUCGAACCGUGGUGGGAGCUGAGGCGGUGACCGGCGGGAGUUUUUCGGCUAACAGCCCCUCGCAGCACUUCCACCUGGAGGCAAAGUGAAGGAAGGAGACGUCGUCCCCUGGUUCCGUCCGUCAGGGAACCUCACCUUUGUUCACACGGCGGCGGGAGGGGAGUGACAGCUGAGCGGCAGCGCUGCUGGCUUCUGCUCGGCUAGCUGACAGGUUAGCAUGAGCGACUGAGCGGAGCUGCUGACCCGGCGUUUGGGUGGUCAGGAGGCUGCGAUCAGCUCACGAGCCCCGGCGCCUCGCGCCUGAUCAGGUCGCUGGGGUGGAGGUGGAAGCGGGUGUCCUCUGGCGGCACGGCCGGACGGAGAGGUUAGGAUCUCAGGGACAGCAGCUUGACAAACGACCUCUUCUACCUGUCCGCAGGUGUGCACAUUCUGUUAUUAAGGAUGGUUUGCUGAAGGAGAACGUCCAGCAGGUCCCGCUCCCCGCUCCGCUCGCCUCCUGCAGGCGGUGAGGCCUUCGGUCUGCAUGGGGUUUGGUGGAAUAAUGCAUCCUGAUAUUUCAUCCUGUCUGUUUUCAUCGUCGGUUCAGACUGCUCAGCCUUCUCCUGACCAGCAGACGGGAUGAUAUGAACUUCCUGCCUAUUUGAGGCGGGUUCCUCUGCGCGGGACAGUCACUUGGCCUUCAUCACCGUGGGGCCAUGGUUCGCAAAAAAGGCUCGCUCAUACUGUGCAGCGCUUUCCUCUUCGUCGCCUGGAACGCUUUGCUUCUGCUCUAUCUUUGGGGUCGGCCGCCCAUCGGUCGCCUCGGAGAGUUGGGAGGAGCCGAACCUGGAGGGAAGGAAGCGUGGGGCACGGGUGGAGGCAAAUCGGGCAGGGUCAACCUCGCUGGGGAGCUGAUCCGAGUGGCGGAGGAGGUUGAGGAGCAGUUUGAGACCCAGAAGAAGCUUCUGGAGCAGAUAGAGCGGCAGAGGACGGGGUGGGCUCGGCAGAGGGCUGUGGAGAGACGUGAAUCGGACGAUGCAAACAGAGUCAAGGAUGUGACCAUCCAGAAGCCACCAAGAACUUCAGGACUAAUUAGAACUAAUGUGGCUGUCAGUGAGCAGAAACGUUCGCAGCAGCCUGGUCCUACCGCAGGUCCCGACGCUGAUUUACAGAACCCCCAAGGGAGCAUCAGAGACCACAAGGUAACCCCUUCCAGCCUGGAGCCCGUCAUUCCCAUCCUGGUCAUCGCUUGCGACAGAGUUACGGUCAAACGCAGCCUCGACAGGCUCAUCCAGUACCGGCCCUCGCCAGAACUCCAUCCCAUCAUCGUUAGCCAGGACUGCGGCCACGCCGAGACGGCACGCGUGAUCGGCUCUUACGGAGCUCAGGUGACGCACAUCCGUCAGCCGGAUCUUGCCGACAUCCGGGUUCGACCGGAGCACCGCAAGUUCCAAGGCUACUACAAAAUCGCCCGGCAUUACCGGUGGGCGCUCAACCAGGUGUUCCACACCUUCUCCCAGCCCACCGUGGUCAUCGUGGAGGACGACCUAGAGGUGGCGCCAGAUUUCUUUGAGUAUUUCCGCGCCCUGUAUCCCAUCCUGAGCGCCGACCCAAGUCUGUGGUGCGUUUCUGCCUGGAACGACAACGGCAGAGACGCCCUGGUGGACCCCUCCAGGCCGGAGCUCCUGUACAGGACAGACUUCUUUCCGGGUUUGGGCUGGAUGCUGCUGAAGGAGAUGUGGGACGAGCUGGAGCCCAAGUGGCCCUCGGCCUUCUGGGACGACUGGAUGCGGCAGCCUGAGCAGCGCCGGAACCGCUCCUGCAUUCGGCCCGAGAUCUCCCGGACCAUCACCUUUGGCCGCAAAGGUGUGAGUUUAGGUCAAUUCUUCGACCAGUACCUUCGCUACAUUAAGCUGAACACAGAGUUUGUGCCUUUCAUCAAGCAGGACUUGUCUUACCUGCUAAAGGAGAAGUACGACGAGGCGUUUAUCAAAGAGGUUUAUAGUGCCGCUCUGGUAAAGAUGGAGCAGCUGCAGCAGACGGGCGCUCUGUCAGGUCCAGGACCGUACAGGGUGCAGUACUCCAGCAGGGAGAGCUUCAAAGUGUUUGCCCGGACUCUCGGGGUGAUGGAUGACCUCAAAUCUGGAGUUCCUCGCACGGGUUACAGGGGCGUGGUCAGUUUCCUGCACCGGGGUCGGAGGGUGUUCCUGGCGCCCCCAGAAGGCUGGACACAGUACAACACCAGCUGGAGCUGAGACCGGUUCAGACUCCGAGUCCAGACUGUGGAAUUGGACCACCUCGUCAGGCCAAAGAAACCCGAUAGAAAUGAAGGAAAGGUCCAAGUUCUGUCACUGGAACUUCUGAGGUACACUGUGCCUUGAUUUCCUGGUUUUGGAGCUUACAUUAAAAUAAAGAUCCAAAAAUGGGAAGAUGCAGACACUUGUAGCAGCUGGAAGGACUCGGACAGGAUUCUCCGAUUGGUUGUGAAGCAGCGUCUUGUCAGUCUGUGAUGAUGUUGACGGAUCAGUUCUCACAACUUUUUAAAAGCUUUUGGUUCUGCAUUUGUAAAACAGACCUCAGAAAAACAAACCAAAGUUUUAGUUUGGAGUCAAAAAGUGUAUUUCAGGAUUGAGAACUAAAACUUAAAAGAAAAAAAACAUUUUUUUUGUUUUGUCUUUAAUGCCACUUUAACCCAGUUUGUCGUGUAGCAGCGAUUGAUCAGCGCUCAUCAUGGACUCCAUCACAAAUGUAAGAUCUGAUCUAAACUGGUUCUGAAUUUGUUAUUGAGACAAUUUCUCCAAGAAAAAAAGCUUUGAUCCCAUUUUGUUUAGCAGGAUCAUCCUGAAAAAAAUUACCAAGAUUUAAUCAAGCUCAUUUUCUUCCCAUCAUGCAUCAUUCACUGCAGCUUUUCCUGCUUCCUUCUUUUGACUCCAUACAGUUUUCUUUCCGAGUGUCCCUCAGAGGUCAGCAAACGGCUCCUGUUGGGAGCCAGUUUCCUACUGGUUAUUCGAUUAAGAAGUCUCUUUUCACUCAUUCUGACAUACUGGGGUAUGUUUUACAAACACAGAAGGUUCAGCUGUGAAAUAAAUUGUUUUUUUAUCGUGA